GAGAGAACAACACACAAAGAAUCAAUGUUGUACACACAAUAGCAUUGCAUCGGAACAACGUCACAACGACGACAACAUGGCGACGCAAACGGAUAAACGAAAACUGUAUCAACAGCAACAAGAAAUCACAUUCGGCUAACGCAUUCGCUGUUCAAUAUCGGCCACUGUCAACGACAAACCGAUUUGAAUGUGUUGGUGUGAGAGUGUAUUUGAUUGCGACAUUUCAAACCAACAAGUCGGCAACAAGUCACAUCGUCUUGAACCAUCAUCAGUGUAAGAACUAAAAUUGCUGCGCAUAAAUUUUCAGUUUGCAUUGAAAGUGAAAUAUUCUCUCGAAUUGGAUUUUUGUCGGUUUUUCCAAAAAAAGUGUUCGCAAUAGCCAGCAAUGGCCAGUAUAUCCAGCGAAUACGAUGAUUCCGAUGAAGACGAAGAAGAAGAAAAAGAGGAGGCGAGAGACAAAGUUUUGGCCAAGCGUAUUCAUUUCAACGAGGUUCAAUAUCUCGUCGAAAACGAUAUUCGAGAUUCUAAAUGGGUGCGCAAAGAAAUGGUCAAAAGUGAACAUCGUCUCCUUGAAUUUGAGUUGGAAACUCGCCAAAGUGGACUCGACGAAGUGGACUGGGAUCCAUUGCCCAUUCAAAUCAUUAAUGCCAUUACCAUUAAUGGAGCGAUCGAAUAUUUGGUGCAGUUCAGUGAUGGCACACAAGCAAUGGUCUCUUUCACAUGCGGUCCGAUGCUACAACUAAUCAGUCAAUUUGAAAAAGAUCGCAUUUAUAAAUCUGUU